GACGGCUUUCAGAAGACCUUGGGUGAUGCGAGUAAGUACACGGACGACAGGAUGAACCAGUUCCGGAACGACAUGAUGGGACUGCUCAACGGCACCGAGGACAAGCUGUCGAAGGCAGAGACUAGUCUCGGCCAACGCAUGAGCCAAGUGGACACGGACGUGAGGCAGGCCUUGGCAGACGAGUUGGCCGCCCUCUGCGAGCGCAUCGACAAAGAGUUCACUUCCACCCGCACGGACAUGACGAAUUUCACGGAGGCGAAGUCGCAGGAGGUUAAGGCCCCACUCUCCCUGGACCUUUCAGAUUCCUGGCUGGAUUUGGCCAAGGCCUGUGGCAGGCUGGAAGGCCACCAUUCGCGCAGCACUCUGCCCAGCAAAGUGAGAGAAGCUCUUCUACAGCAGGACGCAGCAAUGCCGCCGUGGCAGUGCCAAAACUGCCAGACUCAUUGCAAGGCCUCAGCGGAAUACUGUGCGGCCUGCGGCUCGCACUGGAGCUACAAGACGUACGCGCCGAGGCACCAGCAGUCGCGGACCAGGACGACCUCGCCGGGGAGACACAACCAAUCACCGCGGCCGAGGCGAAGAGGCAAAGGUGCCCAAGGCAAGGGGCAGCCCCAGGCAGCAAAGCCCAAGGAGGAGGUCGUGGACCCACCUACCCUUCGGGCACCGGCGCUGGAAGGCCUCCCAGCACCGCCGAGCGCGCUGCCUAUGGCGGCGCCGAAAUCGACGACGGCCUCCUCGUCAGCGCAGGUGGCACAGUCAGUGGAAAAACAACAGUUGGACACGCUGCUCAAGGUGCUGCGUACGUCCAAGGCGGCCAUCCCAGCGGAAGCACAGGCUCUUCUCGAGCAAUACCAGCAGUCGCAGACGGAGCAGGAGACCAAGUCGAUGCACCGUGCGGUCUCGCAGCAAUCCGCGGCCAAGCGCGAGCUCGACAAGCUCAAAACGGCUCGGAGCCUCUACCUGCAACAGUGGUCUCAGUACAUUGCUGGUUUGGCAGAGCUGCUCAAGACACAGAUCGCGGAGCAGGAGACAGUCAUGCAGUCCUUCGACGACAAGGAGGAACAGUGGAAGGCUGCCCUCACCAAAGCCAGCGCAGAGCUGAAAGCACUGACGACUGCAUCUGGGAGUGUGCAGGAUGUGGACUCGUCAGACCCUGGCGAAGACGACCACGCGAUGCAGGUGCAGGAGGAGCUUGUGGAGAAGGCGAUCGAGGAAGAGCGAGCAGAGGCUCAUGCCAAAGAAGCUCAGCGACAGCAAAACCAAAAGGUCCAGGCUACGCUGGACGCCUUGGCAGUGCAAGCCAAGGCGAAGGAGACGGAAGACAAGCGGGAUGGAUCCCGCACGCCGAGAAGACAGACGCCGCAGCCCGAGCCGCCAGCUCCUGCGGCUUCUGGCAAAGGCGGGGGCAAGGCUGCUGCCGCGGACGUGGACAAGGCCGAAGCAGUCCCUGGCAAGGCCCGUUGA